AUGGAGCCACCAGCCGACAUGGAUAUUGGAAGCAGCGACGCAGAGCUUGACCUCCAUGCUGGGUCUUCUACUAUGCACCAUCAUCAACUUCAAGGGUUGGAGUUGUCUCUGGCCUCGUUUGAAGUUGGACUUCUCGUUGGCAAAGGCAAAUUCUCCCGCAUCUACCUCGUCCGGUUGAAGCAGCCUCGAAAAAUCUUAGCCUUGAAGGUGAUCUCCAAGUCGUGGGGAAUACCAGAGGACCAGCAACGCGAAAUCGAGAUCCACCAGCAGCUCAGACAUCCGCAUAUUCUGCGCAUGUUUACCGCCUUCCACAACGCGCAGCAUAUUUUCGCCGUGCUCGAGUUCGCCGGAAAGGGAGAUAUUUACCAGAUCCUCUCCAAAGAAGGCAACUUCAGCGAAAAGAAGAGUGCCAGCUACGUUGAGCAACUCACCAGCGCGCUGAUGUAUCUCCACGGAAAGAACAUCAUGCAUCGCGACAUUAAACCCGAAAACCUUCUCCUCGGCGCAAAUGGGGAGCUUAAACUGUGUGAUUUUGGGUGGUGUAUCCAUUCAUUUGGGACAAUCAAAACGCUGUGCGGCACUUUAGACUACCUGUCACCGGAAAUGGUAGAGGGGAGGGAAUACGACGAGCGAGUUGAUGUCUGGGGUCUGGGUGUUCUCCUCUACGAGUUUCUAGUCGGCUCUCCUCCCUUCAAUGACACCGGAACUGUUGCUGUUUAUAACCGCAUCAAACGCGUGGAUAUCAGGUUUCCCUCACAGAUCAGUGUCAUUGCGCAAGACCUUAUCAGUCAGCUUUUGCGGCGGGACCCUCAAGAACGUCUUGCGCUUGCGCUCGUUCAGCGGCAUCCUUGGAUCAUCAAUUCUCGAGCUUCCGGUGCCAAUGACUCGGACUGA